UUUUCAGCUCGAACAACAAUCCAAGUUGCGAACGCCAACUGUUUGUAAAAACAUUAAUUUAUUAAAGAAAACCUUAUAAAAUUGAAUCGAAAUGGCCGCGAAAGUAGCUAGCAGCACAAGCAAGGUGUUUCAAAAUCACGACGAUGUGCAUAUUUCCUUUGAGGAUCAACAGCGUAUCAAUCGCUUUGCCAAGCACAAUGUGCGCAUGGAUAACUUGAAAAUGGAGCUGGAGAUGAAGAAGAACGAUCUCAAAUGCGUGGAAGAGGCACUGGAAGAAAUUGAGCUAUUCGACGAGGAUGAAGAUAUUCCCAUUCUGAUUGGCGAAGUAUUUCUCUCACACAAACUGAACAAAACACAACAACUGCUCGCUGAGACGAAAGAAGAAGCCAUUAAAGAAAUUGCCAGCAUUGAGGCCAAGGCAAAGGUCAUCAAGGCAGAGAUGGAUGAGCUCAAAGCACAUCUCUAUCAGCGGUUCGGCAGCAACAUCUCCCUGGAAAACUAGGACUAAGCAGACGAUAACAAGUGAAACAUUUUCAAUCAAAUAUAUAUACUAAAUUUAAUUUAAA